GUUAGUACUUCUGGGUGCUCGCGCAUCUCUCGUGAAGUGAGAAAAAGAGGCCAUAAGCGAGGCGCGAAAUACCCGACCGAAGGCGGUGGUGAGUCAGGGCAGCAAGGACGUCGGAUGUGCCCCACUGAGGAGUCACGACGGCACCAACGACAGCGGUGGCAGGUGGGAGUAGCGCCGCUCCUCGUACCUGACUUUUAUGAGAGUAGGGAGCGUCGCGCAAUAUUCCGCGCAACCGACAUCGUGCGGGGAUCGAAGCUCUAACGGCUAUCGGCCAAUUCGCGCAGAUCCGGUGAGUCAUCGUUAAUUUCCAAGCGCACGAAUCGCUGUCAUUCCGUAAACCGAAGAUGGACUCGCGAAUCCAGGAUGCCGUUAACGACGUCCUUCUCAAGAGGGAUCAUGAUUCCGUUGACGACUUUGAGCAUCUCGGUCACGACGGCUCUCCGGAUGACCAUUCGGAGCAGCAUCAGCAGCAGCAUCAACAACAACCGCUCCCGCGGCCGAUUGACGCGCCACGUGUCGAUGAUCUACUGCAUAUCGGUGACUCCUUUCAGCCGCUAAACUCCGUAUUGCCCAGCGCGCUUCUUGACGCCGAAGCAAAACCCGUGCCGGCGACACCGCCGCCUUCCGCGGACUUCGACAAGUGCGCAGCCAUGGCGCAGUCGUCGGAUCCGUUUCAGCAGCCGCUGGACCCGGUCGAUCCCAAGCUGGCCAGCAUGGCAUUCGUUGAGACCGAGCGGGCCUACCGCCAUCAAUUUCAUGAUGACGACGACGACGACGACGACGAUGACAACGACAACAACGUGCAGGAAGAGAUACAUCUCCAGCCGCCGUUGUUACCGACCUCGACCAUCCAAGAUUCUGAUAACGACCUUCUGUUGGCGUCAAUGAAAGCUAUUGACAGCAAGGUUCAACCAUUUGAGGAACGCGAGGAUACAUUGUUUACCGAUUACGGGAAACAAUAUGAGCGCGAUGUCACUCCGCCCGACAGCGCCAAUAUCGACGAGGAUUUCAUGCAUAACGUAAGAUCGUCGAUGCUGCCGGCGCCGGAGAAAUCACCACUCAUAGACUUCCUCGGAGAUGACAGGGAAUCAUCGAGGGAGGACAAGAUUAAGAAUAUUACGGAUGAUGACUCAUGGAACAUGGUGGAGAGAACAGAUCUGAAGCGGGAACAAGCGAGGGUAUUCGAGCCGCCGACGAAACCGCUGCCUCCAUUACCCAAGGAGGCGCAGCUUUUGGAGAAGGCACACCAGGACGUGUACGAAAUAUCGAGUGACUUCUUAGCCGCGGAGAUCACCAAGCCAUCACCUCUGCUGCCGCAGCAGACCGCCGAUUCGAAGCACGAAAGUAUUAAACGGCGCGAAAUAUCAAAACCGAAAGAAGCAGAUCACGUCUCUCGCCCGGUCGGCAAGAACAAACAAGAAAUCGAGAUCGCGCCAAAGGAGAUAUUCCGAGAUAUGGGUUUAGGUGAGUACGACAGAAUCUUGUUUCAUUUUACUUUAACGAUAAAUUGUCUGUGCAAGACUGAGGUAAUCGCAGGGCUGAGAAUCAUUCUCAAAUAUUCUCAUAAUCAUACAUGUACUCUCAAAUGUAGCAAGUAUAAGUAUUACUAUGUUUAACUAUAAAGUACCCUUUCAUCAGCGGAAUUUAUUUAUUGCUUUAUUAUUUGAAUGUUUCUACCCUUCAAGGAACAAUGCAGAAAUAUUUUCUCAUUUAAAUUCCUAGUACAUACGUGUGUUAGUAACUCGUAUGAAUUUAACCAACAAUUCAUGAUUUUUCAAAGUCAUACUACAGAUAAACAGAGAUUAGCACAUCGAUUAUAUGACAUUCUAUUUACUUGUGUCAUAUUUGCAAAAUCGUUUUGGUUAAAAUAA